AUGUUUUCAGCUUCAGGGGCCCGACGUGACCCCGUCACGAAAUCACAGACUCGUUCGAGGGUAAAUCAACGAGUACUACCUGCAAGGACCGUCGACUCCGACGAGGCACCGGUACCUCACCAAGGCCAAACGUCUGCUUUGUCUCGUAUUGAAGACUUGUUUGAAUCUAUUGUCGAUGCACUCGAUAGUGGAGAGGAGCUCGUAAUUCCGUACCAAAACUCACGAACUCCCCAGAACGAGCAGAAGGGUGCAUCCUCUCAGCAAAGUAGAGAGCCGUUUGACGUAAUCAGAUUCCCAGGUCGAACGAUCCAGGAAGCAAAGCGAUUCGAGGCUAUGUUUCGUAUCCUUGAAAUGUCCCAUCAGGCUCUGCUCUCCGGAAACAUCAUUACAAAAAGGAAUAUUUACUACCAAAAUCCCGGCUUGUUCAAGUCUCAAAGUUUUGUAGAUGUGAUGGUAGAUAACCUCGCUUCUACACUUGGGAUUGGCCGCGAAGAUCUGAACAUUGUUGCUGCAGCCAAGGGCUUAAUAUCAGGACCGAUAAACAUAACUCUCCGGGAUGGUUCUACUCACUGCUGCGACGCCCCUGGCGACAGUGGAAUGCUGCUUCCAUCGGCGAGUUUGAUUCAGAGAAUUGACUUCCGUGGGGUGAGGUGGGUUUUGGUCGUCGAAAAAGAGGCUACAUUUCGGACAUUGGCCGCAUCACGGUAUUGCGUGGCAUCUCAAGCGGGUCAUGGAGUCCUCAUAACGGCAAAAGGGUUUCCCGAUCUUGCCACCCGACGAUUCCUAUCGUUCUUGCAAAGGGCCCGGCCAAAUCUUGCUUUGCAUGCUCUGGUUGACUUUGACCCACACGGGGUUGCCAUCAUGCGAACCUAUAAAUAUGGGAGCAAGCGACUGGGCCAUGAAGAAAACGCCACGUCAUCACGGCUCCGGUGGCUUGGGAUUCUUAGUGACGAUGUCCUACCGAACGGAUCAGCAGACAGCAAUGCAUCUAGCCACGACAGUCAGGGUCACAGCCAAGAAACCGAAAGCCAGGAUUCCGCGACCUACUCGCUUGACGGCUCGCAAAACUCCUUCGAGAGGCGCAUCAAGAGAGCUCGGGUUGAGGUUACACGGGGCCCGAGUGAUUCCGUUCUGCCUCUCACUCUAGGAGACAGAAAGAAAGCUGUGGAUGUUAUAAAGGAGAUUGUUAACGUUGAAGAACCCGGAGAUGAUGAAAUGGGACAGAUAAGAGAGCUGCAGCGUAUGCUGAUGCUCAAUGUCAAGGCAGAAAUUCAGGCUGUGGAUAAUUUUGGUGAUCUCGCUGGGUGGUUAGAUGAGAAGCUGAUCGGGGCCGGGAGAGGUCAAGGGGUGAGUAGGGGGUGGUUUUUGCUGCCAACGGAUGAGCUGUGA